AACUAAUGCCAAUUGCCAAUGGUCGUUUGUCGAUGCGUUGUACUUGUAGUAUAAAUUGUAUGGCAUUAAUUUUGUUUUAUAGUUUUAUUCUGUAGUUUUGCUUUGAUUGAAAAAUAAUAUCAACUUCACUAUUGUGGUUUACGGAUCAUGGCUGUGUCUAAAACAACUAACACAUACAAUCGUCAAAACUGGGAAGAUUCUGAUUUUCCGAUUUUAUGUCAGACAUGUCUCGGCGAUAAUCCCUACAUUCGCAUGACAAAAGAAAAGUACGGUAAAGAGUGUAAAAUAUGCGCCCGUCCAUUUACCGUUUUUCGUUGGUGUCCCGGAGCAAGAAUGCGCUUUAAGAAAACAGAGAUUUGUCAAACUUGUUCUAAAUUGAAGAAUGUUUGUCAGACUUGUCUACUAGAUCUUGAAUAUGGGUUGCCAAUUCAAGUAAGAGAUGCUGCACUUAAAGUGCAGGAUGACUUACCUCGCAAUGAAGUCAAUAAGGAAUAUUAUAUACAAAAUCUAGAUAGCCAAAUGUCUAAGUUUGAUCCAACACAGCCUAGUAAUUCUGCAUUGAAAUCGAAGGGUUCCUCAGACCUAUUGUUACGCCUUGCAAGAACUGCUCCAUACUAUAAACGCAACAGACCUCAUGUUUGUUCAUUUUGGGUCAAAGGAGAGUGUAGAAGAGGCGAAGAAUGUCCCUAUAGGCAUGAAAAGCCAACAGAUCCAGAUGAUCCACUGGCAGAUCAAAACAUCAAGGACAGGUAUUAUGGUGUGAAUGAUCCUGUGGCUGAAAAGUUGAUGCGACGAGCAGCCGCAAUGCCAGCCUUACCACCCCCCGAGGACCGUACAGUAACUACACUAUAUAUUGGUAACCUUCCUGAGAAUAUACUUGAAGAGGAGUUGAGAGGACACUUUUAUCAAUAUGGAGAGAUCAGGUGUCUAACUUUAGUGCCAAGAGCUCAAUGCGCAUUUGUGCAAUACACAACUCGUAGUGCUGCCGAGCACGCCGCUGAGAAAACAUUUAACAGGCUGGUAAUUGCUGGGAAAAGACUUACCAUCAAAUGGGGAAAAUCACAAGGUCGGCAAGGCACAAAUGAGAAGAGUGAUCCUCAGCCAGCCCUGGAGCCAGUUCCUGGCUUACCUGGAGCCCUACCUCCGCCGCCCGCCUUCCUACAUCCAUUCCCACCACAGAUGCCUCCACCCCCAAACCGCCCGAACGAUUUUUUCAACCUACACCACUACGGCGGCGGAUGGGGCCCAUGGCCACUCCACUACCCCAGCCAAGAUCCUGCACGCCUUGGACACGCUCAUGCCAACCCUCCACAGACCUAGCAAUGCUGCGUGCCUCAGUCGAGCUGCUUUAUUAGAAUGUAGUAUUUGCUGGACUGUAAACGUAGCAUAUUGUACUGUAGGUAAGGGGUCGUCAAUUAAUCACGUGAGGUACAAUAAAAAAAAACAAAACAAAAAACCAACAAACAUCUGUAACCUUAAUGUCUUUGUAGAAAUGUGUAUAUUUGUAGGCUUAAUUUUUUAAAAGUAAUAUUGAAAAUUUCAAUGGAGGGGUUUACUCUAAAACCUCAUCACAUUAAAAGUUACUGAAACCAUCAGGUCAAUAAUGGACGACUCCUUAGGAUGUCUCAGGUCUGGGUUUGUCAGCAGAGCUUAUCUAUCUGUAUGUGAACCUCGCAUUUUGUGACACAAUUAUUCUUUUUAUUAAGUUCAUACACUUGUAUUUUUCGUUUUUAUUGUAUAUUCUAAAAUUUACUAAACUCACGUGUUUUUGUAAAGCCAAAUUCAAUUAUGUUAUUUACGAAACAUAAUAUUGUUUGGAAUGACGAAACAUAGAAAUAAAAUAAUAUCGUACAAUUAAUUUAGGUGACGUUACAUUUGUAAUAACUCUAAUUUUAGUUUAAUCGAAACAUAUUUUUGUUAUUAUUAGAUGUAUUAUAUUUUGUGUUUUUAACAAAUGCAAUCGAUAUAAAAUGUUUCACCUGAAAAAUUUGUACUUUGUAUUUUUCUCCUUUACUUGUACGUGUAUAUAUUUGUAUUUUUUUCUGUUGUAAUUUGUCUUCAUUAUAUAAUAAAUGUAAUUUUUAAUUUA